AUGACUUGGCCUGUCAGCGAUUCACACUUCAAGGCCCUCUUAUACCUACAACCAGGUCCCAACCGACUUCGUUUUGACUUUAUUCCUCGCCAGCGUAGACCUUCGCAAGGCCAGCUCAACGGUCAGCCCGCCCAUUCUUCCCAUUUCCAGAUCAACUACCUCCCCAUGAACUCCUCACCACCUCUCCAUCUGGCCAUCCUGGUUGCAAAAGAUUCUCCGAGGACAUAUGAUGCUGUCCCUGAUCGUAUCAAGUCGGAAGGCAACGGCCUGGAAACGGCAGUGCGGAAAUUCCGUAUGGCUGCUUAUCUGUGGCAAGCCUUUACCGGUGAGCAGAUGAACCGCCAUGGCUUCGGACGCCGCUGCUUCCGCUUCGAGGAGGAAUGGCAACAAGGUACCUUGACAGGUCGUGACAUUACAACAGGACAGAUGCGCAACGAGGCAAAGAUCCACAUCAUCACAUUGAACAAGACCGUGGCCGAGAUUCAAGACCUCAACAUCGCCCAACAGUAUGAGCCUGCGAAACAANAGGGCGAUCUUUUCUCCAUCGCAAUGGAUGCUGUCAAAACCCACUUCAAGCCUCGACCGGGUCAGAAAGAGUACGUGUCAUGCAUGUUCCUGGAUACACAUUGGGAUGCCAAGGUUGGGACGGUGAGAGGUCAUGCUGCUCUGGGAGGUGGUGACGAACAGGUCAAACUUGCCAUUUUCGGUUCUCACUCUCUGCAAUCAUAUCCCGCGCAUCUUGAAGAAGUCGUGCCAGCCUUCACUGACUGCACAAAGACCGAUACGAAAUACGUCGCCAACGAUUGCAACGAAAGUGGAAGCAACUGGGAGGCCGCCAACAUCGGAAUUGGUGCUCACAUGCAUGAAACUGGCCAUUUGUUUGGUUGCCCUCAUCAAGAAUCUGGCGUCAUGCUCCGUGACUACGUUCGCUUGAACCGCACUUUCACCACCAGAGAACCCUACUCAACCCGCACUAAAUCGCAAGGCAUGCGUCUUUGUCUCCAACAAGAUGAAUGUGCAUGGCACAGACUGGACGUUUUGAGGUUCAGACUGCACCCCUGUUUCGCUCUGCCAACUGAUUUGAACGUCCCUCCGGAAGAUAGCAUUCAAGUUUGGGCCGUCGACAAAGGAGCGGCUCUGGUUACUGCGAGUACAGGUAUAGCCUUUAUUGAGAUUUACACCGAGNGAGAUGAUCUUUGUCGCCACUGGAUCGAGUAUUUGGAUCCUGCCUCUGGCUCUUCCUCAGGCGCGCCCCGCCAAAUUACAUUGACAGAGGCCGACCUCAGAGCCAGAGUCGGAGAGGCCAACAAGAACAAGAAGCUGAAAAUCAAAAUUUUCUCUCUUGGUCAGGGCGAUCACGAAGUCGCCGAUUUUGCUCAGCACGUGAGCAAGGAUUCCAAGUUGAAGCUUCCCGACAGCAGGGUGGGCUUCAGAGGCUCCAAGGUUGGAUUCUCGCAAAUGGACGGCACCCAACCUCAAGAAGUGCUUCUGCGAUCGUCACACGAAAAGCGCAAGCUCUUGGUCUCGAUUAGAGUCUACCAUGGCUUUGCACUGGAUGGCAUCGAGUUUGUGUAUGAGGAUGGCGAGAAUCAACUCUUUGGAAAGAGAGGCGGCAAGGAGGGCGGUGAUGAGUUCCCCAUCAACGCACGAUUCGGUGAAACUUUACUGGGCUUCAAUCUGAGAGCUGGUCUCUGGAUUGACGGCAUCCAGAUCUUGACCAGCGGCGGUCGUCGCAGCGAGUGGUAUGGCAACAAAGACGGUGGUAGCGGGNUAAGCGAUUGCGAGAAUGCGAAGAAGUGGAACCUUUGCUAA